AUGUUUACAUUAGCCUUUUUGCCCCUGUCUGCAGAACGAAUUGUAAAAGAACAGAAAGAAGAAACAGAAGAGCAAAAAGAGCCACCACCUCCAGAUCAAAAAACUCGAUCACAAGAACAGUCGAUAGCGCAAAGUCGGUCACCGGUUGCUUCAUUAGCAUUAUCUCCACAGUGUAAAGAAGAUAUAACAAAAUAUUGUAAUAAAGGAAACCAAAGAGCAAUUAGUAAUUUGAAAGUGUUGCAAUGUAUUGAUAAUUUAGAUGAUGCUGUCCAUCUGAUUAAAGUAGAGUGCCAACAUCUUAUAUACGAGUUUAAAUUCAAUAUGACAAAGGAUGAGCGAUUUGAUGAUGCAGCACGACAACAAUGCAAGAAAGAUAUUGACCAGCUGAAAGAAUGUGAAAUGCAUGAGGAUGAACGUGGAACGGGUCGUUUAAUUUCGUGUUUAUUCGAUCGUUUAAGCAACAUAACAGAGGACAAAUGUCGUUAUUUUAUUAAUCAAAUGCAAUCGGUUAUUUUUAAUGAUUGGACUUUAAGUGAAUAUUUUCUAACAGAAUGUAAACCUGAUAUAACUAAACUACAAUGUGGUCGACUUGAUGAUGACAAUAAAAAAAGGCUUAAUCAUGAUCAAGGAGCUGUUGUCUCGUGUUUGUCAACGAAAUUCUCUAGUUUAGUUCCAGAAUGUAAAAAACAAAUUUUUAGAUUAGCAGAAAUGCAGUCUGACGAUUAUCAUACUGAUCGAGCUUUAUAUCAUGCAUGUCGAGAUGAUCGAGAACGAUUGUGUCCUCAAGUAUCUGCUGGAAAUGGACGAGUACGUAUUAUCAUGUUAACAAUAGUCUAUGGAGAACAAAUUGUAGAUAGUUGUCGUCGUGAGAUGUUGACGCAUCGACGAAUGUUAAUGUCUGACUACACAUUGUCAUCAGAUAUAAAAACUAAUUGCAAUACAGAAAUGACUAAUUAUUGUGGACCAUGGUUGAUAGCUGGAGCGGUUGGUACCGCGGAACAAAGAAGUGGCCAGAUGUUACAUUGUCUCUUAAAAGAAGCCAGAAUACGAAAAAAUAAAUUCGAUAAAAAAUGUUUGGCAUCUCUUCGAACACUAAUUCGUGCUGCUGAUCCUGGUGAAGAUGUUCGAGCAGAUCCUGUAUUAGAACGAGAUUGUCAAUCAGUUAUUAAUACAGCUUGUUCACGUAUGAAACCUGGCGAAUCAAAUGUUAUUAUGUGUCUGUUAGACAAUCUGAAAAGCAGUCAAAUGACAGAAUUAUGUGAAGAUAGAUUAAUGGAAAUAAGCUAUUUUAUUGCGAGAGAUUGGCGAUUAACACCAAAACUUUUACGAUCAUGUAAGAGUCCUUUAGAAACCUAUUGUUCAUUAGAAAAAGAUUGGAGCUUAGACAAAGAUAUGUCUGACACGAAAGUUGGCUAUUUAUUAGGAUGUUUGUAUCAGCAACGUGAACAAUUAACUUCUGAAUGUGGCUCUGAACUUCAACGAUUAAUGCGAAUACGUUCAAAAUCGAUUAAUUUAUUGCCGGAAAUAGAGGAUGCAUGUAUACAAGAUUUAGGAAAAUUUUGUGAAGAAUCUGAUCAUAAAGGAGAUGAAUUAAAAUGUUUGCAAGAAAAAUAUGAGGAACUGGACUCUACGUGCCAAACAGCAGUUAAAAAUUAUACUGCAGACACAAUGACUUAUGCUAGUUUGGAUUUUCUGUUAAUGAAAGCGUGUGAACCAAUGAUACAACGAUUUUGUUCGAAUGUUGAAAAUGGUAAUGAAAAUGAUAUGAUACGAUGUUUGGUUCAAAAUAAAAAUGACGGAACCAUGGAUUCGCGAUGUAAAGCUGGUAUUGAACAUCAUCAAAUUGUAAGAAUGUUUUUUUGUAUAAAAGAUGUCUUUUUAAGUAGACAAUUCCAGGCACAAUGUAGUUCUGAAAUUACUGAUCAUUGUCCAAAAAAACGAUCAAAAGCAAUAAUUAUUGAAUGUUUGGCUGAUCUGAUGUUAAAAGAUGUAUUGCAGCCACAAAAAACACUAAAGAUUGGCGAAAACUGUCGUAAUGAACUAAAAUUUGAACUUUUUCAACGAGCUGAAAAUAUUAAUCUUGAUCCAUUGAUGAGACGAGCGUGUAAAAAAGAUAUUGAACAGCUUUGCAAGGAAGAAAAAGCUGGAAAUGCACAAAUUAUUGAUUGUUUAAAAGAAAAUCGUGAUAAGAUUCGAUCAAAAAAUUGUUAUACUAAAUUGUAUAAACGAGAAAAGUUGGACAUUUUAUCACCAGAAAAUGAUUACAGUUUAAAGACAAGAUGUUCCGAUUUUAUUGCAAACUUUUGUUCAAACCAACGUAAACAAAAUAUUUUAUCAUGCUUACGUAAAAAUAUAAAUCAAGCGACAAUGCCACCAACAUGUCAUCGUGUCGUGAUGCAUCGAUUAAUGAUAUUAAAUAGCGAUGCUCGUUUCAAUGGAGCAUUGCAAAAGAACUGUUACCAGGAUAUACAAACGCAUUGUAAAGACAAAAUAAUUACUGACGAUGACUCAGAUGAACAAGAAGAAGAAGAACAAAAAUUGACUGAAAACAAAGAUAAUGAUGAUGGCGAUGUAAUUGAUCGUCAAAUGGGUGGUCGUGUUAUUGAAUGUUUACGUUCAAAAUAUGCUGAUUCAAAAGAUAGUGUAUUACAACCGCAAUGUGUAACUGAGUUAAUUGAUGUUAUACAAGCAAGUAAAACUGACGUAAAAUUUGAUGUACAAUUAUAUAGUAAUUGUAAAAGUAUACUGGCUAAGCAAUGUCUUGGUGUUGAUGAUGACAAAGAAGAUUGUCUAAAAUUAUUAUUUCAAAAGGGUGCCAUUGAUGAUGGCAAAUGUAAAACACAAAUUAUUCGAAUAAUUAGAGAAGGUGAAGCGGAUAUACACGUUGAUCGUGCCUUAGCCAGCACUUGUCAAGUGGAUAUUAUGAAAUAUUGUAACGAUAUUCCAUUAGGAAAGGGAAAACAAUUACAAUGUUUGUUAACUUAUGCUGAUAAAUCAUUAACAAAAGAGUGUUCAAAAAUGUUAAAGAAAAGAAAAGAAUUAUGGGACCUAAGUGGAGUAAGUAGCCACACAUUUUCAUAA